AUGGCGCCUGCCGGCGAAACAGAGGCUUCUUCAGGCCUCCCGCAAGUUCACAUCGGCUUUGUGCGGCGAAGGCCGAUGCAUCCCGAACGCUUCUUUGCCUUGGCGCGACGGCGCUUUGGCCCAUUGGACUCCGAUCUUUCAUGCAGCUACGGCUCGGGGCCAAAGCCGCAAGGAGAAGUUCGCGUCCUUUCUGGCAGUGGUUGCUUGUGGUUCAUUGGCAGCGACGACAUGUGCGCUGAGUGGUUCUUCAACUCGUCAGUUAGUGGAGGUCGGCACCUACUUCGCUGUGGGGGGCCUUGGCCGGCGGAUCAAGCAGGGGCCACGGAAACGGAGGCAGGAUCCCGGCGAGUGGACUUGUCGCUGGAGGUGAGUGGCGCCCCAGCCGAUGUUGAUGCUUGGAAGGUGUCCUUUUCUUCUGAGCUCAAUGACUGCUUGAUUACCAGAGCAGAGGCCGUUGCCCUCGAAGAGGGCGACACGCGCAUGCUCAGCCCCCAGUGCGAGUGGGAGGAGAUGCGAGCAGUGCAGGAGAAUUUGUCUCCUUGGGUGGUGCACUGGUGGCCGCUUCUGCGCCUGCUGCAUGGCAUCACCACCAUGGUGACAGCAAUUCCAGGCUUCGGCCUACUCCAAACGGUUGGGAGAUCCCUGGCCACGCGAGUGCGCACAGGUGCAUGGGCGCGAAUAUUCUGA